AUGGCAGGCGCAGGACAAGGCCAGGAAGCGUCUGUGGGGUCACCGGCGCCCAAGAAGAAGGGGCUGGCGACCGUUGAUACGUUGAGGGUCGGAUGUGUCGCUAUGGUUAUGAAGGAUGGUGGCUACAGACGAGCAGAAAUCCUGAGUAUAAAGGAGACGAAGAGCGGCCGGCAAUUCUACUGCAACUUCGACAACUUCAACAAACGUCUAGACGAAUGGGUCCCCACAAGUCGAAUUGAUUUCACUCGAGAGGUGGAGUGGCCCAACCCCGAGAAGCCCAAGGAUGCAAAGAAAUCCGGCCAGGCGGCGAAAAAGUCAACAACUGCCCCAAAAAAGGGACAAAAGCGACCAACUGCUGCUACCAGAGAAACAUCUGUAGCCUCGGAGGGAGGUACACCGCGCCCAUGGACAGAAUUUCCGGGAUCCCAGAAACAGAGUCCUGGCUCGCCGGAUGAGAAACUUACACUUGGCUUGGACUUGGAUGCGACGCCCGGGGUGGAAGAUGAUGAUGCUAUGGAUGUGGACGGUGCUGUGGCCUCGGCAGUAUCAGCGAAGGCCGAACCUCAGGAGCAUUUCAGUCGCGAGGAAGAGAUUGAGAAACUACGGACAGGAGGAUCCAUGACACAGAACCAGGCCGAGAUCUCGAGAAUACGAAAUAUUUCCAAGGUCCAAUUUGGGAAAUAUGACCUAUACCCGUGGUACUUCUCACCCUACCCUGAAAUCUUUACCCAGGAAGAUCUCCUUUAUAUCUGCGAGUUCUGCCUCUGUUAUUACGGGGAUUUCAAAUCCUUUACACGCCACCGCCAAAAAUGCACGCUCCAGCACCCCCCUGGGAACGAAAUCUACCGGGAUGAUUAUGUUUCCUUUUUUGAAAUCGACGGUCGGCGCCAAAGGACAUGGUGCCGCAACCUCUGCUUGCUGUCCAAAAUGUUCCUUGAUCAUAAAACUCUUUACUACGACGUGGACCCUUUCCUCUUCUACGUCAUGACCACACGAGACGACAAAGGCUGCCACCUGAUCGGCUAUUUCUCUAAAGAAAAAGAAUCCGCUGACGGCUACAACGUGGCCUGUAUCCUGACUCUGCCGCAAUUCCAACGCAAAGGCUACGGGCGCCUGCUCAUCCAAUUCUCCUACGAGCUCUCCAAGAUCGAAGGCAAGCUCGGCUCGCCAGAGAAGCCUCUGUCAGAUCUCGGACUCCUCUCCUACCGCCAGUACUGGACGGAGAACCUGGUCGAGAAGCUCCUGGAAGAAAAUGCUAAGGGCGCGAAGUGCAGUAUCGAGCAGCUCUCGAACUAUCUGGCCAUGACGCCCACGGAUGUGGAGAGCACUCUGCAAGCGCUCAAGAUGCAGGUCUAUCACAAGGGCGAGCACAAGAUCGUCCUACCGACGCAUCUCAUCAAGCGACAUGAGGCGAUGAAGGAAAAGCAGAAGACGAAGCCGAAGAGGGCGAUUGAUCCGGCGAGGAUACAAUGGAAGCCGCCUGUCUUCACGGCGAGCACGAGGACAUGGGGCUGGUAG